CUUUAAUCUCUACGUUUUGAUAUUCUUGUGUCUUAGUUACAAAAAAUUAUAAGAUGGCAUCCAGCACAGGUGAUCACGAAUCGUACAAAACAAAGGACUCACUGGAACUUGGCAAAAGAAAGAGAUUAACAUCUCAAGAGUCCAUCGAAAGCAAAGAGAUGGAUAAAAAACAACGCGAAGAUGACUCGAACGAGUUUGACGAUCGCAUCAACAAGAUAUCUUCCAGCGUUAGAACGAUAUUAGAAAAUGUUGGGGAAGAUCCAAACCGCGAGGGCCUGUUAGACACACCUGAGCGAUUCGCUAAAGCGAUGAUGUUUUUUACCAAGGGGUACACACAAAAGUUAUCAGAGGUGAUAAAUGGCGCGAUUUUCAAUGAAAACCACGACGAACUGGUUAUAGUGAAAGAUAUCGAUUUAUAUUCUUUAUGUGAGCAUCAUUUGGUUCCAUUUUGGGGGAAGGCCCACGUAGGUUACCUUCCAAAUAAAAAAGUUGUUGGACUUAGUAAGCUUGGAAGGAUCGUAGAAAUGUUUAGUAGGAGACUUCAAGUACAAGAACGACUUACGAAGCAAAUAGCUUUAGCAGUGAACGAAGCAAUAGAACCUAGUGGCGUGGGCGUAGUUGUGGAGGCCUGUCAUAUGUGCAUGGUAAUGCGUGGUGUGCAAAAACCUGGCGCUUUGACUGUCACCAGUUGUAUGUUUGGCACAUUCAGAGACGAUCCCAAAACACGCGAAGAAUUUUUAGCCUUGGUUCGCAGUACGAUGCAUUAAGAAGAAUCUAUAGCGUCAUUGCUAGAUUUACAUCUUUCUCGUUUGUUUUAGCGUUUGAAAAUUUAGUGAGGCUACAAACAUAUGGCAGCUUACGACAGACACAAAAGAACUUAUACAGUAAUCAGUUUUUUUCUAAUCCUAAAAUUAAAAUAUUUUUUACAUGUAUUUUAUUUUGUACUUUUUAUAUAUUAUAUAUUUUAUCUUAGUUCGUAUUUAUGUAUGACCAACAAAAUUUUUAUAUUGAUUUUUAAUAGAAAGGUGUGUAUUGCCCCUGUCAACUAUUAUUUAAUGGGUGUCUCCUUGUAGGUUUAUUGGUUUAUAUCUUAGAGCUCUGCGGGAAAGCGUUUUGUAGAUUAUCAAUUGGUUUUGAACGUGCAAACAAUGUAGGGGGAGUAUUUGGGAUGUUCUCGCAGUCAGAGAAGUCAUCGAAUUUCAACAUCUCUGCAGUAAUCUUUUUUUACAUAAAAAUAAUGCUGACCGAAAAAAUUUUUUAGUUUAUUUCAGAAGUGAUUUUUUAUUUUUUAUGAAAUGUAAAGAAAAAAAGAAUGUUUUUACUUGUAUUUAGUGUGUUGCUAACAACGUGUGGAGGGAUUAAAGUUAAAUUGUAAGAUUUUAGCAGCUUAUAUUUACUAACCAAUUUAUAAUUUUCAAAGUAUUGUACAAAUUUGAUAUAAAUGUUAAAAAGAAAAUUAACGUAAAACUUUCGCGA